AUGGACCAGGAUGUCGUAGAGGCUGCUAAUGACGAUGACAGCCCUGGCGCCACUCAGGUGCCUGUGCACUUCGUCGUGGUCACAAAUGAGCCAGGCGCCCAUGCUGAUGUGAUGGCGAAAGUGCAGACUCACAUCAUUGAUCCCCUGGUAAACCGGAAGAUUCUCCUUGAGUCGCGAAUACUCGACGCAACACCUUCUUCCUUCAUUGCAGAGGCGGCCACGCUGGUCGUGUUCGAGUUCGUGGUACCCCUCCCCUGGCCGAUCACGGAUUGGGAUGUGCAGGGCUGGCGCAGACGAUUGGGUGCUGGCCUACAACUUGUGGUGGCCCCUGCGCAGAGCCAGAGGAGCUCUGGAAGUGGAGACGAGCAAGCGGCAAAGACCGCGCUUGCAAGAGCUAUGAUCCUACCUCCGGCCCGCCAGCCAAAGGAGGCCCCAAAGAAGCAGAAAGGCAUCUGGGUGGGCAGCUGCGUGGAAAGGGAGAAGAAGGGUCAGGAAAGGUAUGUCAUCCCGGCCAAUCUAAGUGAGCAACCAUGCCUUGCCGUUGUCGACGACGGCACUGGAAAACGGGUUCGCCUGUCCUCUGAGGAUGGAGAGUGGUCACGCACCACACUGCUAAGUCCUCUGAUGGCAGCGGCGCUGGCUGAACAUCUGCCGGCGCAGCUGCAGUGGAAGACGGCUUGGCGGCUCAUCUACUCACCUCGUUUGCAUGGAGUAUCCUUGAAGACGUUUUACCGGAGAAUGCAGGGGGAGGGCCCCACCCUGCUUCUUGUUCAGGAUCACGAGGGCCACGCUUUCGGAGGAUUUGCCUCUUCUGCUUGGCGCGUGGCCGAUAGGUACUAUGGAACAGGGGAGAGCUUCGUGUUCCGCUUUAGGCAUCCCAUGCCGAAGCCAGUCGUGUCACUGGCACAGCAGCUGCAGCAUCUCAAUGCAGCUCAACAAGAGGCAAAGUCAGGCCCUGGCCAGUCUGCCAGCGCGCUGGCAGCGCAGCAAGCCGUGGACGAGGCUGUGAAGCUCCUGGAGUCUUGGCGUCCCAAGGUCAAGGAGCAGGCCAAGAAGUCGGAGCGUGAGGUGUUGCAAAGCGACUGCAUCACUUCCGCGACGGAGGCCCUCGACGAGAUCCUUGGUGCGGGAGCGCUUCCGCUCGAGCCGCCUCCCAGGGCCCUCACCGGAACGACGGCCGACUUGGAGGCCGGCCUUGAGGGCAGCCAGCAGGAAGUGCCGCAGGAGGACUUGGAGAUUGAGGUUUUCCAUCACGAGUCUUCCGGAGACGACUUCUUCCUUUUCUCCGACUCGACGUGCCUGGCCAUGGGUGGCGGCUCUGGCUUUGCCUUGUAUGUAGAGAAGGAUCUGCUGCAUGGAAGAAGCGAUCCGUCCACCACUUUCAACUCGGAGGUGCUUUCCUGUGAGACCAGCUUCGUCAUCGGAGAUCUUGAGUGCUGGGCAUUUGACGACCCCACAGAGGUGCGUUGA